AUGGAUUAAUAAAACAAUUGUGAUGAAGUACAAUAAAAGGAAAAGCUAUUAAAAGCGGAAAUACUUGAUAAAGGAUAUGAUAGUGAAGCAUUUAUAAGUUUCAUGGAAUAAUAGAAAGAGAACGGUACACUCCAAACAUAAAUUUACGAUUAGGUGGAUAAGACAUUGACAUGUGGACAUAUCAAGAACUAACUUUAGCAAUUGUUUAAUUUUAAUAGAUAAAUUAACCAUAAUAUGAUCAAUAGAUGCAAAAUAUAGGUUUUGGUAAAUCAUCAGAUGUUGAUGAGAAAAAGCUGUAAAAUACAGAAUAGGAUGAAUUAAAUUUAAAUUCAACACCCUAGAGUAUAAAGAAAGAAUAAUCAUAAUCUUCGCUUUAGAGUGAAUUGAUCAAAGAGAAUAAUGAUAUCAAAUCAAGCUUUUCUAAACUGCAUUUAUGCAAAACUCAAGACAAAAAAGAUCUAUUUUUAUAAAGUGGAAUAAAUGUCUAUAUAGCGAAAUAUCAAAGAAUACCCGGAGGUAUUUUCACAUCAUCAUAUUAUUCUUAUACUGUGUAAACAGAUCCGAUUGGUUGGAUUGUAUAAAGAAGAUAUAGUGAUUUCCUAUGGCUAAGGGAAUUAUUAUGCAAAAUCUAUCCUGGCAUUAAUGUACACUUUAAUAUUAGAUUAGAUUCCUCCACUACCAAAAAAGACUGUUCUGAAGAAUGAGAAGGAAUUAUAUCUUCAGAAACGGAUGAAAUUUUUAGAAGUAAUUAUAAAAAAUCAAUUAGAAAUUCCUAAAAUCAGUAUUUAAUUGUGAAUUACUAAGGCAUGACAAAUGGUUUUAUGCUUUUCUAUCAUCCAAAGAAGAAAAAGAAUUGAAGUAAAUUUAAAAAUUGAGUACUCAAGUUCAAAAAGUCACUAAGCUAGAAUAGAUUAUUUCGAUUGAUGGUAAAAUUUAAUUAGAAAUUAACGAAAACUUAAAUACUUACAAUUUAGAAGCUACUUAAUUGGCUAAUUCAGUUGAUAUCUGUUAUAAAAAAUUAAGAAAGGAAUCUAAAUAAUUAUUACUUGAUUUUGAUUAACUAUCAAACACUAUUUUUAACAUGGGAUCAACCUGCGCAGAACUCUAUUAAUUAUCAAAUAAAUUUAAUUAAUCCAUUUCAUAAGGUAAGAUAUCACAAUUAGAUAUAUUGUAUAUAUCAAUGAACAACAUGCUUGUUUAGUGGGGAAAUAAUUUAACAUCUCAAAUCUAGAUAGUCUAGGAGGAAUUGUGUCACUUUUUUAAAUUCCAUCAUCAUUCAGUGUUAGUAUUAAAAGAAGUAAUCAAUCCUCAUAUUUUAGUUUAUGAAAUAAAAAGAACUAGCUCAAUAGGAGUAUGAAAAAUUCAAGUCUCGAUUAGAAUAUAAAAAGAAUAAACUAUUUGCAUCUUAGGAUUAUAGCAGAUGGGAAAUUCCGGCUGUUGAACUUAAAGCUUUUUAAGAUAGCAACUUGACUUAAAAUAAAGAGUUUAGUUUUUAAAUUAUGUUACCAUAAGAGACUAUAAUUUAAGAAGAUUUAAAAAACAUUUUUGCUUACUUUAAUAAUUAAUCAUUCUUGGAGGUUACAAAGCUAUUUGAGAAUACAGUAUCAGAAUUCUCAUAGCAUUUUACAAAAUUUUGUAGUCUUCAAAAGGAAUAAAUAGCAGAAGUAAACUAAUUGUAUAUAUAUUUAGUAAAAACUGAUAUGGGAUUAAAGUAUUGUAAACUUGACUAAUUUGCAAUAUCCAAAAUAACUAAUUAAAAAAAGUACUUGA